CCGAAUCUUCAAACUACUUUUUCUAAUUUUAGGGAAAAAAGCUUAAUCCUAUAUUAAUAGCAAACAAUAAGAACUUGGCAAUAGACGGAAAUAUAUUUUGAGGAUAGAAAAUACAAAUUGAAGGCUUGAUUCAUGAUAAAAUAAAUAAGGAUAAUAAUAAUCUUAGCAUAACAGACAGAAAUAGUGUAAAUCGUUUUUUUAUUGUCAGAAAUGGACACAAGGUUUUCACAUUUGCGCUGAGUGAUAUUUUUCAGAAAUAAAUUUGCUGCUUCUUAUUCGCCAUCGGCAGAUCACCUGAUGAUGACUGCUUCUAAUUUUCAUCAAUCUACUACUUCUUAUAAAAAAUACGGUUAUUACACUUAUCCCUUUGGCUGAAAAACUACUUUGCUUAAUUCAAAGUCAAAAUUGCGUUAGAAAAAUUGCACAACAUUUAAUUUUAAGCUUGCCUAGUUGGCCAUGAAUUUUUCACACAAGGUAAUUAUUUCUCAAGUACCUCAACAACGUUUUCGAGAAAAUUUCAAAUUUAUUUCCAUUCAGCAGCGAGUGACGAAGGAACAAAAAGUACAUUUUUUCAAAAGCGAAGAUGGUGCGCAGCAUUUUCUCACAACGGUACAAUUACGCAAAAAUACGCGUUAACGAGGCGUUGGAUGAUGUCUUUCGGCGCAUACCAAUCUUUCCGAAAAUCGCGAAGCUGCCCAAGCUAAAGCGCACUUACUACAUUGCCACGCCGAAACCGAUGGCCGAGAAAAAGAACAAAUUGAAGCCAAAGCACAAGAAAUUGCUGCCCUCCUCCGAGUGGUAUGACAGUGAUUUCAUACCGAUGACAACGCGCUAUGAACUCGAAAUAAUUUUGGAUACACCGCUUAUGGAGCGUCAUUCGGGCCACAACUCGAAAGGCACCUUCAGUCAUGUCUAUUGGAAGUCAGCCGAUUCGGAUGAAACGCAAACAAAUGCACAGCUUAUAGCAGGAGCUAAUGCUAACGCCAGCAACGGUGAGUUGACAAGCAAAAGUCAAGUUGUUGGGGACAAAUCGCCUUCGAUUGCGCAACCGGUGGCAGCAGCAACAAUAACAUCCAGCAAUGCACUUAUAGCGAAAAAUACUUCACCACAGCUAUCACAUGGCUACAGUCUAAAAAAGGAUCCGCCCGAAUCAGCAACGUUAAAAUUGCCUGAUGCACCCAAAAGUUUGGCGGCCACCAGAGAAUCGCACGAUUUCGAAUUUGCGGUGCCGGAGCUGAGUAAGCGUCGCCGCAAUAAGCAUCUCGAGAAGAGCUACGAAUGUGAGCAAUGCCACAAGAAGUUCGAUCGCCCUUGGGUGCUGCAUGGUCACAUGCGUCUGCAUACCGGCGAGAAGCCGUUCGUGUGCCCGGUGGAGUCCUGCCAGAAGCGUUUCGCCGAUCGCUCGAAUUUGCGCGCUCAUCAGCGCACCAAAGGCCACCACAACUGGAGCUAUCAAUGCCCGCAGUGCACCAAGGCCUUCAGCCAGGAGAACUACUUGAGUCGCCAUAGCUUGGAGGCAUGUCGAAAAUUUUUAGCCGCGCAUAGAAACGGCUGAGUUGCAACCACGGAUGCAUUUUGCUUUUUUACAUAGAGAUUUUUGGUUAUGUUGAAUUUUUUGUAUAGUAUGUACAUAUAUAUGUAUAUGUACAUUUAUACACAUUUGUAUGUAUAUAAUAGAGAUAUGCGAAUGUUUUGUAAAUUUUAUUUGAAUAAAUUACAUUUCAGUUAAGUUUCGGGAUAUGUACACUGUU